AUGAGAUGGACUCGAUCACACGAUCGAGCCAUGGUUGUAUUCAUCUUCUGCUCUUGCUGCAUGUCUCUCAAUGUAUUGUUCACGAAAAUUCGCCGCAUACUCGAGAUUAAAGAACUGGAACGAACAUCCGAACGAGAGGCAGAGAUUGUAUCACUCAUCUACUACAACUCAACCGUCGCUGGGUUCGUUCCUCUUCCAUAUUCAGAAAAGCCUUGA